AUGGAUGCUCGUCCGCAAGCUCAGGUUUUACUAUACGCGAGCCCGGUGAAGAUCCGUCCCCAGAAGAAGGGCUCCAUCAGAGAUCUGGACACACUCCUGGCUGCCCACUGUGCUCCAUUUUUCUCGAGACAGAGGUGGGCUUGGUGUGCCCGGCCGACGAGGAUGAGAAGAGACCAGGGCAGCGCAGGUGGGUGUGGGAUUGACGGAGCCGAAGAUGGGAUGAAGGAUCGAUUCCGUUCGGAUGAACAACCUAAACGGACUCAGACAUCGUUCGAGGACGCAUCACGGGAUGCUGGGAGCCCUAAGAGGCAGGCUUCUCCAACAGAGCUAAUUCCUGGAAGCAAGCCGUUCGCGUUGCCGCCCUGGGACUCGUCGGAUAAGAAACUCCGUCGACUCAUCAUCAUCAUCAUCAGCAUCGCUGCAACAGGCGCAAAACGAACCACACCGGAGGCUGUCGUCAACCUGAAACCCAAAAACGGACAGGAUCUCUUUGCUUGUGCCACAUCAAAACUGCUCUCUGGUGCUUCCAGGCGAGCCCCAUUUGCCUGUCCACACUCCCCCUUCGCUUCCCGAAUCGCCCUCUAUUUCCACGGUUCGCCGGCUGCUCUGGCUGGCUGA